GAAUUUUUCUGGGUCUGGGUAUUUUUUAUUUUUUAUUUUUGUUUUGAAUUUUUUGGGUUCUUGGGAAAUUCAUAAGAGUUUUUUUUAGAUAUAUAUAGUAAGAAACACGGGUUAUAUGUGAAAAAGGGGCAAAAAAAAGUUUGAUAAAUCUAGGGUUUGAGUGAUUUGGGGUUUUUGAUUUGUUGGAAGCUAUGAGGAAGAGGCUUGAUACCAGAUUUCCUGCUUUUUGAGCUUUUUGUGGGAUAAAGCUUUGAGCUUUGAUGUUUUGGUGGUAGUUAUAAGGCUAUUGAAUGAGUAGAACUGACAAAUUUGUAAGGUUAAAGGCUCGGAUUAAAAAGAUUAUGCAAGCUGAUGAGGAUGUGGGGAAGAUUGCGAUGGCUGUUCCUCUUUUAGUCUCAAAAGCUCUUGAACUCUUUCUGCAAGAUCUUUGUGACCGUACAUAUGAGAUCACCCUCAAGAAAGGAGCAAAAACAAUGAAUUCUUUCCAUUUGAAACAUUGUAUCCAGAGCUUUAAUGUGUUUGAUUUCCUGAAGGAUGUAGUGAGCCGGGUUCCUGAUCUAGGUGGGUCAGAUGCUAGUGCUGAAUCGGCCACCAAAAGAAGGAAAGUUGCUGAAGAAGAUGAUCAUGACAGUGAUGAUGAUGCCAAAAGGAAUCAUGCGAAUGAGACUGCAAACAACAGUGGUACUGGGAGGGGACGAGGCAGGGGUAGGGGCAGAGGCCGUGGUAGAGGUGCACGAGCAGUAGAGAAAGGUGACUCCAAUGUUCACAGCGAGAAACUUGAAGACCCUGCUGCUGAUGUUUCACAUCAAAAGGAUGAUGAGAAGCAAAAACAAAAUGAUGAAAGAAUGGUAGACUAUGUAGCAGAACCAGCAGUAGAUUCAAAGAACAUUUCAGCUGCUAAAUGCUCCCCAGAAGUCGUCGCUCCUGCUAGAAACUUCGAUCUCAACAUAGACUUAAAUGAGAGUGUGGAAUCCACACCAAUGCCAUCUGAAGUUCCUUUGUCAUCAACAGCAACACCAGCACCAGCACCACCGCCUCCUGAAGUGAAGCAUGAGGAAAUCCCUGGAUGGUCCCUGUCCGAGAUGGAAAAGAUGGCCAUUGAUCCAAUUCAAUUGGCCAACUUAAACCAAGGGUUAGACGAGGAAGAGGAAGAUUACGACGAAGAAGGAUAGGUAUUGUUAUUCUAAUGUGUUUAGAGCAGUUACAACUCACAUACUACAAGUAGACAGGCUUGUUCUUCUAGUCUUUUUUAGGAAUUUUAGUUUAAAUGUAAAAGGAAAAAGGGCAUCAUUGUGAAUGAAGCUCAGGUUUUUAUUUUAGUUGUGACUUAGGUAUCUGUAUUUAUAGUCUUGUGUAUUGUUCAUCAACAAACAUCUUAGGAAAAACAUGUACAAUUUCUAACUUCUAAUUCAGAAAUAUAUAUUCUAGGUUGGAGGUUACAUUAA